AUGCCAACUACAAGCAUUAAGGAUUUUAUAUAUACCCACCCAACUGAACCACCGCGCCGUACACGACGAGCACCGCGCCGGAUUUUAGUCCAAGCCUGGGCUCGAUCGAUGGCCGGAGACGAGGGCGAGGUGACGGUGCUGGGCCACUGGGGGAGCCCGUUCGUGACGCGGGUGCGGCUGGCGCUGCGGCUCAAGGGCGUGCGGUACGAGUACGUGGAGGAGGACCUGCGCAGCAAGAGCGACCUGCUCCUCCGCUGCAACCCCGUCCACCGCGCCGUGCCCGUCCUCAUCCACCGCGGCCGCCCCGUCUGCGAGUCCCAGGCCAUCCUCCAGUACGUCGACGAGGCCUUCGGACCUCCCACCCUCCUCCCCGCCGACCCGCACGAGCGCGCCGUGGCGAGGUUCUGGGCGGCAUACUUCGACGACGAGCUGGGCGCGCCGUGGGACAGGGCGCUCCGGGCAGGGACGGAGGAGGAGCGGGCGGCGUGGAUGAAGAAGGUGGUCGACGCGGCGGACGGGCUGGAGCGUGGGCUGGGGGAGUGCACCGACGGGGGCAGGAAAGGAUGCUUCUUCGGCGGUGAAAGCGUCGGGUACGUCGACGUCGUGGUGGGCGGCGCGGUCUCGUACGUGCACGCCGUAGCCAGGGUCUCCGGCGAGAGGCUAUUCCAGGAUGAAGGCAGGACGCCGCUGCUGGCGGCGUGGCUGCGGCGCUUCGGCGAGCUCGACGCCGCCGUGGAGCUGCUCCAGGACGUCGACCGGGUCGUCGAGUACGUCAGGUUCAUACACACCAAGAACGCUGCCAAGGCUACUGCGAAUUAACUAGGGCUCGAUUUUAGACUCGUUGGAUCUGUACCAAUCAUGCAUACCAACCUUUCUUUCACCGUGGAAGAUCCAACACAAUUCAGAUCUCAA